ACCAAGACUCCGCCAGAGCCAGGGGCGCGACCGGAAGUCAGUCUCUGUCUCUCGGUUGCUAGGAGACGAGUCUUCUACAAGCCAGACAGAAGUUCUGCAGCUUCUUUUCCUCCCUUUCUCCGCUUCAGCUUCCCCAAAGCCUGUCACCAUGUUGGAACCUGAAACUGAGACUUUGCGAAGUACCUUUCCCUCUUACAUGGCAGAGGGCGAACGGCUCUACCUGCGCGGGGAAUUCUCUAAAGCCGCCCAGAGCUUUAGCAACGCUCUUCACCUUCAGAAUGGAGACAAGAACUGCCUGGUUGCCCGCUCAAAGUGCUACCUGAAGAUGGGGGACUUGGAGAAAUCCCUGAAGGAUGCUGAGGCUUCACUCCAAAGCGACCCAACUUUCUGCAAGGGAAUUUUACAAAAGGCGGAGACCCUGUACAUCAUGGGAGACUUUGAGUUUGCCUUGGUGUUCUAUCAUCGAGGUUACAAAUUGCGGCCUGAUCGGGAAUUCAAAGUUGGAAUUCAGAAAGCCCAGGAAGCCAUCAACAACUCGGUGGGAAGUCCUUCUUCCAUUAAGCUGGAGAACAAAGGGGACGUAUUCUUCUUAAGCAAGCAGGCCGAGAGUAUGAAAGCCCAGCAGAAGCCUCAUCCCAUUAAGCAACUCCCACACCACACCCAGAGAGAAUCCAAGCGGAAGGGCUCAUUCAAGAGUGAGAAGACUAUCCGCCAACUGCUGGGGGAGCUCUACGUGGACAAGGAGUAUCUGGAGAAGCUCCUACUGGAUGAAGACCUCAUCAAAGGCACCAUCAAGGGCGGCUUGACUGUGGAAGACCUCAUCAUGACGGGCAUCAACUACCUGGACACCCGCAGCAACUUCUGGAGGCAGCAGAAGCCAAUCUAUGCCAGGGAGCGGGACCGCAAGCUAAUGCAAGAGAAGUGGCUGCGUGACCGCAAACGUCACCCGUCACAGACGGCCCGUUACAUCCUCAAGAGCCUGGAGGACAUCGACCUGUUGCUGACCAGUGGCAGUGCCGAAGGGAGUCUCCAAAAAGCUGAGAAAGUGCUGAAGAAGGUGCUGGAGUGGAACAAAGAAGAGGUGCCCAACAAGGACGAACUGCUGGGGAACUUGUACAGCUGCAUCGGGAACGCCCAGAUCGAGCUGGGGCAGAUGGGAGCAGCCCUGCAGAGCCACAGAAAGGACCUGGAGAUCGCUAAGGAGUAUGACCUUCCUGAUGCAAAAUCAAGAGCCCUUGACAACAUUGGCAGGGUUUUUGCCAGAGUUGGGAAAUUCCAGCAAGCCAUUGACACGUGGGAAGAGAAGAUUCCUCUGGCUAAAACUACCCUGGAGAAGACCUGGUUGUUCCAUGAGAUUGGCCGCUGUUACUUGGAGCUGGACCAGGGCUGGCAGGCUCAGAAUUAUGGUGAGAAGUCUCAGCAAUGUGCCGAGGAAGAAGGGGACAUUGAGUGGCAGCUGAACGCCAGCGUUUUGGUGGCACAGGCACAAGUGAAGCUGCGAGACUUCGAGUCGGCUGUGAACAAUUUUGAGAAGGCCCUGGAGAGAGCGAAGCUGGUCCAUAACAACGAGGCACAGCAGGCCAUCAUCAGCGCCUUGGAUGAUGCCAACAAGGGCAUCGUGGAAGAACUGAAGAAAACUAACUACAGGGAGAUGCUCAAAGACAAAGAAGAGGCCCCUGCCCUGAAUGAAGACAGAACAGUGGAGGCGAAGGAGAAGGAAGGGAAGAAAGAGAGGGAGGAUACCAAGAAGGUGAUGAAGAGCUGGGAAAGGGAGCAAGGGGAGAGCGACGGAGACACCGGAGACACCGAGGAGGAGGAGGAAUUCAAGGACGAUUCUCAGAGACAGAAGGCAGAGAAGGCCAGAAGAAGCUUCAGGGAAGAUUCCAGGAGAGUGUCGGAGGGCAGGACGCUGCUGGAGGUGGACAGGAGAGAGUCCAGGGAAAUUUACAGGCGGCCUUCAGAAUUAGACCAAGAGAUUUCCGGAGGAGAAUUAAGCACAAAGGCCUCAGAAAGACUGGAGAAAAGACUUUCCGAAGUAAGUUCAGGCGAGAAAGAACCGGGAGAAACAGAAGAAAAAGAAGAAGUGAAAGCGGAGGAAACAAAAAUUGCCCAAGAAAUGGAAAAGGAGUAGAGUGAAGCCUGCCUUACCAGGCAUUAGCAGGAGGCUGGUGCUCCAGGGCCAUGACUCUCUUAACUGGAUUUUCAAGCUGAGAUGUGUUUUUGAUGGGGGGGGGGGAUGGGAAACAGUUUCCCACAGGUCACCUCUACCUCUCUCUAUCACUAAUUUCUCAUUAAAUAUGUAUCUUUCACUUUUGCAAACCCUAAA